ACAAAUGUUCCUCAUAAUGGGCAGCUGACACACACAAACGCACCCGCGCACACACAUUGCCUUGUCAGCUAACCCCCUCUAGUGCCGAGCCUCCUGUACAGAUGCGGACGGUCUCCGUCUCCGCGUGCUUCAUCUCCUCCUGCCCUCCUCAUCCUCAUCUCUUCAGAACCUCGCUCUCUGCUGCAGCGGUUCGGAUUGGAGACCGAGUCCUCGGACUCCUCUAAACACGAAUACGGACGCCAUGUAGCCUAAGAGCAAAGAUUCUUGCGCAAUGUUUGAAGUGAUCCAAUAACUUAGAGCCGACAGGAAAUAUGCGAAGUUUGUCAGAUUUUAUUGUUCUUGACUAAUAUUUGAUUUUUUUUUUUCUUUUUUUUUUUUCUUUUCCUUUUUUUUUAACUUGGCACAUUUAUUGCUGCUCCACCUCGAAAGGAUGGAUGUCAUGAUGAGCCACAAAAGGAACCUAAUUUAACCAGGAGCAGAGUGGAUCAGUGCUUUUUGGACCUCCUUGUCGCGCUUUACCAACCGGCCACGUUAGCGCUCGGCUUCGCUGCAGCCGGUGACCGAUGUUGCAGCAGAUAUGAGUGUUGGACCAAGAUUUGUCCCUGUUGCACUUUUUCUUGGAAUUGUCCUCACUCGCUGUGGCCACUGCAAUCAAGUUGUGCUGCUGGAUACAACGUCUGUGCUUGGAGAGCUGGGAUGGAAGACAUAUCCUGUGAAUGGGUGGGACGCCAUCACAGAGAUGGACGAGCACAAUCGGCCCAUCCAUACAUUUCAGGUGUGCAGCGUGAUGGAGCCCAACCAAAACAACUGGCUUCGAUCCAACUGGAUUUCUCGACAAGCGGCUCAAAAAAUCUAUGUGGAGCUUCGCUUCACCUUGCGUGACUGCAACUCCAUCCCUUGGGUGUCUGGCACGUGCAAGGAGACCUUCAACCUCUUCUAUCAUGAGACUGAUGAGGCACAUGGUGUGAAAUUCAAACCUGCUCAGUACACCAAGAUCGACACCAUUGCUGCAGAUGAGAGCUUCACUCAGAUGGAUCUGGGAGAUCGCAUUCUGAAGCUCAACACUGAAGUGCGUGAAGUCGGACCCAUUACAAAGAAUGGCUUCUAUCUGGCAUUCCAAGAUAUUGGGGCCUGCAUCGCUUUAGUCUCAGUGAGAGUGUACUACAAGAAAUGUCCGUUCACUCUGAGAAACCUAGCCUCCUUUCCAGACACGGUGCCUCGUGUGGACUCAUCUUCAUUGGUGGAGGUCAGAGGGGCAUGUAUUGACCAUGCUGAAGAAAGGGACACACCCAAACUCUUCUGUGGCGCUGACGGCGACUGGUUAGUCCCACUGGGGAGAUGUGUCUGCAGUGUUGGGUAUGAAGAGAGUGAUGGCUCCUGCAUUGCAUGCCAGCCAGGCUUCUACAAGGCUUUUGCUGGAAACAUCAAGUGUACAAAGUGCCCCCCAAAUAGUUUCAGCUAUGGAGAAGGUGCAGCAGUCUGCCGUUGUGAAGUGGGCUAUUUCAGAGCUGGAAAAGAUCCUCCAACAAUGGCUUGCACACGUCCUCCGUCCCCUCCCCGUAACUUACUUUUCAACCUCAACGACUCAUGUCUGAUGCUGGAAUGGUCACCCCCCAGUGACACAGGAGGUCGCAGAGACCUCACCUAUAAUGUCCAAUGUAAACGCUGUGGUCCAGAGCCUGACCACUGUCAACUGUGUGAGGAAGAGCUGCGUUUCCUGCCUCAACCGUUCGGCCUGACUACCGCUUCGGUCACCGUCACGGACUUCUCAGCACACGCCAAUUAUACCUUUGAGAUCGAAUCCCUCAACGGUGUUUCAGAAAUGAGUUCAUUUCCUCGACAAGUUGCCAUUAUCAACGUCAGCACCAACCAGGGUGGUCCAUCACUGGUGGGGUAUCUGAAGAAGGACUGGGCCUCUCCCAACAGCAUUGCUCUUUCCUGGCAGCAGCCCAAAGAAACAUCAUUGCCCAUCCUUGACUACGAGAUCAAAUACUAUGAAAAGGAGCAUGAGCAGCUGAGUUACUCUUCAACAAGCACCAAGGAUCCUAGUGUGAUCAUCACAGGCUUAAAACCAGCCACCUGGUACGUCUUCAGUGUCCGAACCCGCACGCCAUCUGGAUACAGCUCCUACGCCCCCAGAUAUGAAUACAAAACUACCGGAGAAUCAUCAGAUCUGGCCUCUGACCAAGGUCAGGUUUUGGUCAUCGUCACGGCGGCAGUGGGUGGCUUCACCCUCCUUGUCAUCCUCACCCUUUUCCUCCUCAUUACUGGAAGGUGUCAAUGGUACAUCAAGGCCAAGAUGACUUCUGAGGAUAAGAGGAGGACCAGUUAUCAGAAUGGACAUGUUCCUUUCCCUGGGAUUAAGACAUAUGUGGACCCUGACACCUAUGAAGACCCUGCGCAGGCCGUCCAUGAGUUUACCAAGGAGAUUGAUCCAUCAAGGAUCCGCAUUGAAAGGGUGAUAGGGGCCGGUGAGUUUGGAGAAGUGUGUAGUGGCCGCCUGAGAACACCAGGGAAGAAGGAGAUAGCAGUGGCAAUAAAGACAUUGAAAGGUGGCUACGUGGAACGUCAGAGGCGUGACUUCCUGCGUGAGGCUUCCAUCAUGGGGCAGUUCGACCACCCAAACAUCAUCAGGCUUGAGGGCGUAGUCACAAAAAGCAGGCCUGUGAUGAUUGUGGUGGAAUAUAUGGAAAAUGGAUCAUUGGACUCAUUUUUGCGGCAACACGACGGUCAUUUCACUGUCAUUCAGCUGGUGGGCAUGCUUCGUGGCAUCGCCUCAGGGAUGAUGUAUCUGUCAGACAUGGGCUAUGUUCAUCGAGACCUGGCAGCUCGAAAUAUCUUAGUCAACAGCAACCUGGUGUGUAAAGUGUCAGACUUUGGUCUGUCCCGAAUCCUGGAGGAUGAUCCUGAGGCUGCUUAUACUACUACGGGUGGGAAGAUCCCAAUUCGAUGGACUUCUCCCGAAGCUAUCUCAUACCGAAAAUUCUCCUCAGCUAGUGAUGCUUGGAGUUAUGGGAUUGUCAUGUGGGAAGUAAUGUCCUAUGGAGAGCGGCCAUAUUGGGAGAUGUCAAAUCAGGACGUAAUUCUGUCAAUCGAAGAGGGCUACCGGCUUCCUGCACCAAUGGGUUGCCCAGUGGCACUCCACCAACUGAUGCUGCACUGCUGGCAGACAGAAAGAAGCCAUCGGCCUAGAUUUGUAGACGUUGUCUCCUUCCUAGAUAAACUUAUCCGCAACCCCAGCAGUUUAUUACCACUAGUAGAGGACAUUCAAAGCCUACCAGAAUCUCCUGGGGAGGAAAUGGACUACCCACUGUUCAUCUCUAUUGGCGACUGGCUAGACUCCAUCAAAAUGAAUCAGUACAAAAGCAACUUCAUGGCAGCGGGCUACCACACGUUGGAUUCUGUUGCGAGGAUGAAUAUUGAAGAUGUGAGGCGUAUCGGUGUGGAUCUGAUAGGCCACCAACGAAGGAUCAUCAGCAGCAUACAGACCCUCCACCUCCAGAUGCUGCACGAACAGGAGAAAGGCUUCCAUGUAUGAGGCGCCCUUUCACAUGACCUGGGAUGGACACAUUGUCGGCAUUGAAGUCUAGUUAGGACUGUGUGAGACACACUUUGAAAGGAAGUCACUGGACUGGACAGACUGCCUCCCGAGCUGGUAGUAAAGGACUCUUUUUCUAUUACACACGCCGUACCUAGUACACCUGGUCUGACCAGACUAUUUUUAGACCUCCCAAUAGACUUUACAGUCUGGUCCUGGCACUCACUUAGGGGAAUGUAAUGCCUUGUUACAGCUGCGGUAUUUUAUGCGUGGAGGUUAAUUAUCUUAGACGUGUAGGUUCACGGACAUAAUCUACUGAAUCUUUGGAUUUUUCUUUUCUUGCUCAUGUAGCAGCUCCUUGGUGUGCAAAAAUGUUUUAUCCUCAGAAGCAGAAAAAAAAUAGCCUCACUACUUCUCAUUUUGUAAUAUGAUCAUUUAUCAUGAAAGUAUGUGCAUUACUAUUCUCUCUCGCUCUCUCUCCAGAGAGCCUGGUACACAAAUACUUGAAAGUGGGGAGAAGCAAGUCAAGGAGAAUUCUUGAAUGUUAAAGUGUAUAGACAACUAAUGGUAAUUAUUAUCAUAAUCCUAUAUCUAUUUAUGUGCAGAUCUAUAUGUUCAAGCCCCAGGAAAUAUGAAUCUUAUUUUAAAUCAUAUUUAUUUAUGUCCAAUGAGCAAUAAUCAUGCAGUCACCUCAGUGUCUCACAGAGAGAUGAAAAAUUGUGCAAUGGAGAUGUAAAAAUGUGGAACUAAACUGGAUCGGUUGCCUUCAAAUAUUUAAAAAAAAAACAAAAACAAAAAAACAGUCAAAACUAUUUGAAAUGUGGAUAAUAAGAGUUGAAAAUAGUCACAGCUGUCUUAAGAUAUGAAUGUUCACUUUAUUCAUAAAUGUCGAUUAUUAUUUCAGAUUAACUUAUUUAUAGUGUGGCUUUUCAGAAUUAUGGAAAAAUUCUUUCGAUUAAAGGUAUUGUUCAGUUGCACACAUGUAAUUAAUGGCAGUACGGUCGGAACUAAUGGUGCAUGUUGAGUGCAAAGCCACUGGCUUCGUUUUACAGUCGGUCUGCUAGGCCACUGUGUGCUUAACUUGUGAUCAUAUAAAGGUUGUGGAAUAUGUGGCAAUAUAGAAAAAAAGUGUACAUAAAAGUAGUCUGAAAUGAAAACGGAUCUGCUGUAGUUGAUGUCAUGUCGUCGGAUAGAUGUUUGCCAUUAAAGUUAUUUAUCUUCAGUCUGGGAAAACAAUGGUACACAUGCAGUGGUAUAUAAUAUAUAAAUGUAUAGAAUAAAAAUGAACGUAAGUGAGACUUCUUGAUGGAAUCUCGGAAGUCAGCAAGACUGGCAGCUUUUCAAACGUAUGACUAAGUUAGCAGAACAUAACGAACAUAAACAGCAGCAUCUUAAUUUUUCUAUACCGACAAUAACAUGCUCACACAUGUAUGCCUUACAGUCCGUUCACAUUUAAGCAAAUAUAUUUUAGUGAAAUGAAAGGACCUAUCCCUUCAAUUAAGUUGUAGGCCAUAUCCAUAAGCGUGAAAUUAUAUUGGCUAUAGAGCGCUGUUCCAUUCUGUCAACGAUUGCCUCCAGCCAUCAGGUAUGAGAAAGUUGUAAGAACACAAAAACAACAGUAUGUACGUUACAGCACAUGUGAUGCACUCUCACUGGCACCAACUCAUCUACAGUCAAUGGAGAAUAUCAGAUGCUGUUUGUUAAGCAUGUUCUACUGCUGAGCAAUGUUAGAACGUUCUUUUGUACAAAGUACAAGUAUAUUAAUGAUUAUAAUUCUUGUAUUUUAUUUUUUUAUAAUUUCCAAAGAGAUGUUGUAGAUCUUGCACACUGUAAGAGGCAGUUACUGCGGUUAUUUAUUUGCAAAAUAAAUUUGAAAAGCUCAACAGGCUGGCUCUUUUUGUUGUUGUUGUUUUUUGUUUUAAGGGAGAAUGAAAACAAAGCAGGGUCCUUGUACUAAUUAAUUGACCAAAUUUGUAUAAUAUACUAUAGCAACAACAAAGUGAAGGCAACACAAUAAAUGUAACAUUUUCUUAUUUUUCCCCGUUCUUUUGCUGUGACUUCAAGAUGCUAUAUUUUUGGUCAUGAUCUGGAUAAAAUACUAGAAAAGAAAAUGUUCUCUAUUGAAAUUGUAAUAGCAAAAUGGCCAUAACUACUCAGUCA